AACAAGUGGGAUUGGAUUGGAAGCAGCAAGAGUGUUAGGAAUGAGAGGUGCUCAUGUGAUUAUCGCUGCAAGAAACACAAAAGCAGCUAAUGAAUCUAAAGAGAUGAUUCUCAAGAUGAACCCUAAUGCACGUAUUGAUUAUAUUCAACUCGAUCUCUCUUCCAUCAAAUCCGUCAGAUCCUUCGUCCAUCAGUUUCUUGCCCUUAAUCUCCCUCUCAACAUACUCAUAAACAAUGCAGGUGUUAUGUUUUGUCCCUUCCAGCUCACUGAAGAUGGGAUUGAGUCGCAGUUCGCAACAAACCACAUUGAUGGGAUCAGUUUACAUAUGGACUUACGUAUACAAUCUUAUGCGGGUACUUAACUCUCCCAUUGAAACACAACCUUCUAUCGAAUCCAACUACGACACCUGCAAAGUUCCAUUGAUUGCUUCUCAAGAAGAAGAUAACCAAAAGGUUGGGAGGUGGGACAAAGUCAAGAGAAGAAUAGUUUCAUUGUCGGAGAAAGUCAACUUAAGUACAAUAUUUGCUCCAUCGACCAUUGCUGCGAUGAUCGCGCUUGUGAUCGGUCUCAUUACUCCUUUAAGGAAGCUAAUAAUCGGCAAUGGAGCUCCUCUUGGAGUACUUCAAGACUCAGUAACUCUAGUGGGAGAUGGAGCCAUUCCUGCUAUGACCUUGAUCAUUGGAGGAAACCUACUCAAAGGUAUGAGGAGCUCAGGAAUGAAAAAAUCCACCAUCAUUGGUGUCUUGGUUGCACGUUACAUUCUCCUACCUAUAAGUGGUGUGUUAAUAGUAAGAGGAGCAUACAAGUUGGAUCUGAUUACCUCAGAGCCCUUGUACCAGUUCGUUCUGCUUAUUCAGUAUGCUGUCCCACCAGCAAUGAAUCUAGGCACAAUAACUCAGUUAUUUGGAGCUGGUGAAAGCGAAUGCUCAGUGGUUAUGUUAUGGACUUACGCUUUGGCUUCUGUUUCACUCACUGCUUGGCCUACGUUCUUCAUGUGGCUUGUGGCUUAAAACCAACACUAGAUCUUCAUGUAUACUGUUUUGAAUCUAGAUGAUUGGAUCAUGUAUCAUCAAGGGUGUAGUAUCAUUAUAGAAUAGAUUUAAGUCUUCUUAAAAACGUUGAAAGCUAAUAAAGCCUUUUGAUACAAA